UACCUACUACUGUUUUUACUUUAUUAAUUGAUUGCCUCUGGCAUUAUAUUGCUCUUAUUGUUAUCAUUGUAGUUGUGGUCAUAUCCAUGAUUCCAGUAUUCCUAUUCCUUGAUUACUAUGGUUUUCUUAGGAAUGAAUCUGAAGUAAAUAAUCACUCUAGAGCUACUACUGUAUCUCAACGUAUGCCGCCAAGAUCUAUCAUAGGAAGGUUACUUGGAUUCGAUUCUAGUACUGUUUUCCUUCAACCGGGAAAAUUAUCAUACCAUGAUUUAGUAAGUAUCUCGGGUCCAUCAAAUUCAGGUCAAGGAUUUACAGUUGGAAGAGUAGAAAUCUCCGAACAAAACCCCUUUACAAAAAUAGUUGAAGAAAAUAAUGAAAUACUUACCCAAGAAGGUAGCGUCAUUGUAGACAAGAGAGACGAAGAAGUAGGGCAAAUAAUAACAACUAAUUCAGUAGAGCUAAAUUUAAAAGAUAUUCAGCAUGUUGAAGAUCAAAAUACUUUAAAAAAUUAUUUGAUGAUUGAAAAUAAAUUGAGACAGCCCCUAAAUAUGAUAACCUAGAAUAAGGAUUCUCUUGAGACUGGUAUUCGUAAUUAUUGUAAUCGUGAAAGCAGAAAAUCAAAUAUUUUAUGCAAUGAAAUAUCAUCCGAAACACUCCAGGAAGUUUUGAACUCGAUGAAUUCAAAUAGAGAAAAGCUUGCUGAACAAAAUAUGUAAAUUAAAGUUCUUGUCAAGCUGAGAUUUAAUUCUUAUGUUA